GAAUUUCAUAUGGGUGUAUUAGACAACGAACCUGGGUUAACCUUGCAUUCAUAAGGCUAGAAACAAUGUUCAUUUAAGUAAUGGCUGAAGCUAAUUAAUACUGCAACAAUUCAUUCGACACUGGAUAUUAGGAGUGUGAAAUAUGAAGUUCGGUUAUUUCGCGACCUUGUGGUAGGGACACUACCGAUAAUCAGAGCACUUGCAUUACUUUGAAAGAUUGAGACGCAUAGGAUUUCAGACGAUGCGGUGAUGCCGUAUAAUACAGAAUAACGCUAUACAAAUGUAUCGAUGGAAAUAAUAUCGAUUGAAAAAUUAUUCACACACUAGUUCAUAUAUAGUUAGACUAGAUAUUAGAGAGACGUCCACUAAUGCUCCGUUUAAUAUAGUGCAGCUUAUUCAACGAGCCGUGUAAAGCGGCAUAGAAUAACCUACGUACAAUGUUAUGUAGGCUAUAUUUGCCCGCCCUAAAUUUAUUCUCAUACGAAGAAAGGUUACGACUUGGUAGUAACCAUGCCUAUCGGGAAAUGCGCAAGAUAAUGUGCUGCACUUUGUGAAUUGUGGAAUACGGCGUUUUUGAACGAUACUAGUGUGGAUGCCGUUUAUGUCGCGAACCUUUGAGUCUGAUUGGCGGGAGCUGUCCACACAAUAGCGGUUCUGAAAAACCCAUACCAGAAUGCAAGCUCGUCGUUAGGAGCCGUUUGAUCAACCGAUUUCGAUUAGCUUUCUUUGAAAAUUAGCGAGUAGCAUUAGGUCUUACACGCACAGGCCUUGCACGCGCACACACAUACACUCACACAUAUUCUCCGUUUGGUACUGCACUGUAUCAAUUAUGCAACGAGCCAGGUAGAACUAGAGACAGAGAACUUGACCCCUACUCAUUAAUUAAGAGGUUGAGACCCUGGAAUUCAUCCGGCAAGGUAUUGCACUUCAGUCUGAAUUGCUGAAACACAAAAAAGGAAAAAUAACUGACCAUACUAAUAUUUUUAGAUACUUAGUGUUAAAGUAUCUAAUGAAUUGCAAGGUCGCUGUAUUCCACAGUAUACUGAAGGGUGUGAUCUGCACAAAGUGACCAUGCCCAGUGCUUGAUUUAGCUCAUGGGCCCACCACAAUUGCUUGUAGACUCAUUCAAAGAAACCUGACAGAUUUGACCUGUAUCAUGUGCUCUUGUCAAUUUUCCGUUCUGGGAGUAAAAACAAGCAUGAGAAUCUUGUCAGGGUUUCUGUGGCAUGAAAAAGAAAAUUAGUUUGCUAUGGGGUAGUUUUCUAUAUUGGUGGACAUUUUAAGGAACUGUUGUGACUUAGUUAACAGUUUCAAUCAAAUUAAAUACUUUCCAUUUAGUACAGAGUGGAGUGAUAAAUUGCCCUUACUUCAAAAGUUGUGCCACUCAUGUUCUGUUUAUAUGCAUAUGUGGUAUCUGAGUAUGUUUAUGAAAGUGCAUUCUUGAUGUGCUUCCAGUAUAUCAUAUAGCCAAGGAUAGAGAGAGCAGCACAGAUUAUAGAGGGGGAGGGGGCGAGAACUGCGUCUGCUGAGUGUGGUGUGAUACGGUGGCCAGCAAGGCUGGGUUAAUUUUGCGUUUGGUGUUAUCCCUCAUUCUGCCACUCAGCACUCCUUAUCAGCUUUAAUCUUAUAAAGACAGGAGGUUGUCACAGGUUUGCUAAAUGCGGACACAUCUGUCUCCAGUUCUAGCUGAGCACAACACUGAUUGAGAGGAUGCAGGUUCAGGAGCUGGUGCUUAGCCUGUGGCUAUCUGAAUUGGAGAAGCUGUUUCAUCGGAUCUGUUCAACACCCACCACUGUGCUGUUUGGGCUUGGUGCUCUGACUGCCAUGUUUGCCUUCUGGCUGGCAACACGCCCACGUGCCCUUAUGCCCCCAUGUGACCUUCACCACCAGUCUGAAGAAGUUGAGGGUGGUGGCCAUAGAUCAAUGUUGGUUGACGAUCCCAAGCUGUUCACACGCUACUAUGAAGACACCAAAACCUUGUAUGAGGCAUUCCAGAGGGGACUGCAUAUAACUGGUGAUGGACCGUGCUUAGGUUCUCGUCUCCCUAAUCAACCUUACAAAUGGCUUUCUUAUCGAGAGGUCACAACUCGGGCAGAGCACCUGGGCUCAGGUUUGUUGUCUCAGGGUUGCCAGCCCAAUUCCAAGCAGUUUAUUGGAGUGUUUGCCCAGAACAGGCCAGAGUGGAUAAUCUCAGAGCUGGCUUGUUACACCUACUCCAUGGUGGUGGUGCCACUUUAUGACACACUGGGGCCUGAUGCAAUUCGAUACAUAAUCAACACGGCAGAAAUAUCUACAGUGAUCUGUGAUAAACCUGAAAAGGCCAAGGUGCUUCUAGAUAAUGUAGAGAGACAGAAGACACUGACACUGAAGAGAGUUAUCCUCAUGGACCUGUUCGAUGUAGAACUUGUGGAGCAGGGCGAGAAGUGUGGUGUUCACAUCCUGGCCCUGAAAGAUGUUGAGGCCUUAGGUCAAGAACAUUACAGAAAACCAAUGCCACCUUGUUCAGAAGACCUUUCAAUAAUCUGCUUCACCAGUGGCACAACAGGAAAUCCAAAGGGUGUGAUGCUUACACAUGGGAACAUUGUUGCUGAUUUCUCUGGCUUCCUGAAAGCAACGGAUAAAGUCAUAUCUCCAAAUCAAGAAGAUGUUCUCAUUUCUUUCUUGCCCCUUGCACACAUGUUUGAGCGGCUCAUUGAGGCUGUGGUGUACUGUCAUGGGGGUAGGAUCGGCUUUUUUCAGGGUGAUAUCCGUCUCCUUUCUGAUGACAUGAAGGCCCUGCGCCCCACUGUCUUCCCUGUGGUGCCUCGGCUCCUCAACCGCAUGUAUGAUAAGAUCUUCACUCAGGCCAAUACCCCUGUGAAGCGUUGGCUCCUUAAUUUUGCUGCAAAGAAAAAAGGAGAAGAGGUCAGCAGUGGGAUCAUCCGCAAUAACAGCAUUUGGGAUAAGAUCUUCUUCAGCAAGAUUCAGGCCAAUUUAGGUGGGAGGCUUCGCAUGGUUAUAACAGGUGCUGCUCCCACCUCUCCUACUGUACUCAGCUUUUUGAGAGCAGCUCUGGGCUGUCAGGUGUAUGAAGCAUAUGGACAGACAGAGUGCACAGCCGGCUGCACGUUCACGACCCCUGGAGACUGGACUUCAGGUCAUGUGGGUGCUCCACUACCAUGCAACAUCAUUAAACUUGUGGAUGUGCCAGAGAAGAACUACUUUACUUCAAAAGGAGAGGGGGAGGUGUGUGUCAAAGGCCCAAAUGUCUUUAAAGGCUAUCUGAAGGAUCCAGCUAUGACAGCAGAAACACUGGAUUCGGAUGGGUGGCUUCACACAGGAGACAUUGGACAAUGGUUACCGAAUGGCACAUUAAAGAUCAUAGACAGGAAGAAGCACAUAUUUAAGCUUGCACAGGGUGAAUAUAUUUCCCCUGAGAAGAUCGAGAACAUCUAUAUUCGCAGUGAGCCUGUGUCUCAGCUCUAUGUUCAUGGAGACAGCCUGCAGUCUUGUCUGGUUGGGAUUGUCGUUCCAGAUCCUGAAGUGAUGCCCUCAUGGGCCCAGAAAAAGGGCAUUGAUGGAUGUUAUGAUGGUCUGUGUAAGAAUGUGGAACUAAAGAAAGCCAUCUUGGAUGACAUGGUGUGUUUGGGCAAAGCCGGUGGCCUCCAUUCAUUUGAGCAAGUAAAAGACAUCUAUAUUCAUAAUGAGAUGUUCUCCAUAGAAAAUGGAUUGCUGACCCCCACAUUAAAAGCCAAGAGGCCAGAGCUUAAAGAAUAUUUCAAGCAACAGAUAGAACAUCUGUAUGACAACAUCACAAUGUAAAAUUCCCUGUUGCUAAAUGAGGACUGAGGACUCUUUUUUAGUGACCGAUUGUUUGUCAAUUAUUUUGUCAUUAAUUUCCAAUCAAACUACAAAAAGCAUGCAAACGAGCCAUGCAUGAUGAGAAGAUGGAGCGCAGUGUCAGUCUGGAAGUGUAGAUAGACUCAAAGGAGAGUAGUCAUCCUUUGGCCAUGAUUGUCAGCAGUUGGUGUGCCUUUUGAAAAAGUGGCAUAGUUACAACCAAGUUUCAAAAACCCUUCAAAAAGCCAAACUAAUGUGCAUGCAUCCUUCCUUUUUCAUAAGUGACUAAAUAAGCAAAAUGACUCUCUUUGUUCUAUUAAUUCUAUUUGAUUAUGGGUCCAACUGGAAAAAAAAAAAGUUAUUUUUGAACAAACAACAACGCAUGAUUUGUUAGAGCAGUCCUUUCUUGAUUAAUUGAGGUUUUACAUAUCAAAAGACACACAAACUAACACAUUUACAUACAACUUACAUACAUUUGGCCUAAACAUGGGGAAUAAAAUGCAGCAAUAUUAGAUAUUUACUUUCUAAAUCUGCUUGCUUGUUGCAAAGUGAGCAUGCCAUGGACUUAGAUGUUUGGACUUGGUAGUAUUUUCAGUUGCAAAUUCUUCCAUCCCACAAUUAAAAAAAAAAAAGUUAAUGUAAGUAAUGUUGUAACUUAGCUGCAAACAGAUUUAUUACAAUGGUUUAAAUUAUUUUUUUCGUGUAAAGUGAAAGAGAUUAAAUACUUGUUUCAGGACCAUGGUAUGGAUUGGGACAUACAUCAGAACCAUGAUAUGGAUGGAAACAAAAUAAAAAAAAUAUUAAUUUAAUCCUUUUACUUUUCAUUCUUUCCUGUAAGCAGUGCAGAAGGUAUAAAAAGGCAGUGCACAGCUGAUACGACACAUUUGAUUUGUUUGUAUUAUACUACAAACACUUUACCAGUGGAAACCUAAUAAUGCUUCUCUGAAUACCUGUGUUCAAUGCAUCAGAGCUGUAGUCAAUGAAGCAGUGGCAAGAAAUAGCUCAGCUUUUUACUUUUCAGUGACUGUGUCCACCAAACACACCAAUAAAGAACUAAUGUCACUAACCUUCAAUUAAUAUUGUUUUAAUAGAUAUUCAGCUUUUAAACUAAUCUUAGGUUAAUGUUAGUUUUGAUGUAUUAAAAAUCAAAAUUUGUAUGAGUAUUGAAAUGGGUACUCAGUUUUAUAACAGAUUCUGAUAGCGUGCCCAGUAAAUCUGAUAAAUUAUUAUUAGAUGGCUAUUGCUGUCUACUAUAGCCUAAAUAACAGUUUGUGCAUUUUGGAAAGAUGCUAUUUUGAAACACAGAUAGCUUGCUUACUCAGUCACAUUAGACAGAAGAUAGAAAACAUUCCAGAAAUUUCCACAAGGCGACUCGUUCAGGAGUUGAAUAAAGUUGUUCUGCAAAUUGCUACGUUAUAAUUUGUGAAAAAACAUUUACUUCUUUUUCCAGCAGCCCUGGUUUUUCAGUGUUUCCCCAAAUUUUCUAGGGCCUUGUUUAAAAUCUGAAUAUGAAAACAGAUACAAAUAUUUUCAGCAUUAAACAGAUACAAAUACAGAUAAUGACAUUGUGUUACACCCCUAGUUUAGAGCUAAAAACCUCUGAGACUGAUUUGCACAGUACAUGCUUAAAGAUAAAGGUCUCUGAGACCAAGUCACAUUUUAGUGAAAAGCUUUGUAUAUAAAUCAAGAGAUUUAUAUUAAGCUGAGCAUGUAUUAGUAAUCUCUCUGGGCCGGAGAAUACUGUUGGGAAAUACUUAAUGUUAUAUGUUGUUCCUGUCUCUUCUUAUUAUGAUUUUGUCAGUUUGCCUAUCAAUAUCAUAUGCAUAAGAUUAUAGGGACCACCUGCUGAAGCUGUUGUUACCUAAUAAGGAUAUGUAGAAACUUGUAUGCACCCUUUCUAUACAAACUAUGAGAAAUUCUUUUAUUGUUUCUGCCUCACUAUGAAAGAGGUACACCUCCUUUGAGCAUGGGUUCACUCUUCAUGUAUAGCUGAAGUGAUAACUCACUGCUGCUGUAUUGCUGAAGUGUGCUCCCUCUGCAGAGGAAGAAUAAACUUUUGAUCUGUGA